UACUUAAUUUAGAUAUAAAUGGGAUUAGAACAUAUAUAAAAUCUGAAGUUGCGAAUGUUUCACGUAGUUGCGGUUUAAUCGGUUUCUUAGGUUCAUUGAGAUUGCUCCGAUUUACUUUGCUAUUACAAUAUAUUACACGUCAUUGUGCAUUUAAUGAAACGAGUCACAAGUGUUGUAUCUCAUGGUCACAGUCACAAGAGUGUGGUGCUGUAGUAACAGUAGGAUUGGUGGUGGGCUGCGAAGUAUUUAAAAUGUGCCGCGAUCAAUUAUAAAAUGCAUUUGGUCCGAAGUUAUAGAAAUGAACGGAAAGAUGCACCAAAGGAAUUUUGUUUACAAGCUGCUUUGGCACCUCGUCCACACAGUAUUCACCAUUUUCAAAUGCAUUCAUGAUAUCUACCUGCAGCUUGAAUGUAAGCUAAUUGAAUGGAGACUGGGAAAUCGCUGCGAGGCGCAGAUCCUGGACAAUCUGCAGAAAGCCACUGCCAAAUUGAAGAAGAUGCCUAAACACCUCACAAUUCUGCUUGGCACGGAGGAGCCAUCACACAAUGACCUGGCCAAACUGGUGCUGUGGUCAUUAACAGCAGGCAUCUCAUUCAUCAGCUUCUAUGAUGUGCAAGGUAAACUUAAAAUGAAUGAGGAAGAGUUGAAGGAGAGUGUGAAGAGGAUAUUACCAAAAACUGCCAAUGUGAUUUGGCAUAACCCAGAGUGCUCUUAUAAAAAUGGAUUCUCAGGACCCAAGAUCCAUGUACAGGUUUUAACUCAGAAAGAUGGCCACAAGGCUUUGGUGGAGACUUGCAAGAACUUAUCCAAAAGUAACUUGGAGAUCAGCAUUCAGGCUGUUGAUGAGGAUUUGAGGAAACAGUACAAAUUCCCUGAUCCUGAUCUGGGCAUUUACUUUGGUGAUUACUUCAACCUGUGCGGCUACCCCCCAUGGCAGAUAAGAUUAACAGAGUUUCUGAACAUUCCCAGCCAUCACAACCUGAAGGACUACAAACUGAUAAACGUCCUUCGGAGGUACAACAAAUGCGAGCAGCGAGUCGGGAAAUGAUUACUCUUUUCAUUCAUAUAUUUUUUUUUAAUGUUAAUUUAUCUUAUUGUGAAGGUAUCAGAGAUGAUUUUGUAAAUAUUUUUAAGUACAAUCAAUGGAGUGUAACUAGAGCAAAUAUUGAUUAAACAUACACUUAGUUUUAAA